UAUUUUUUCUUUGUGUAGACGUAAGACACGCAGCCAUCUAGUUGUCGUCAACAUGGAUGACUUGUGUACAUCUCACUAAAGUGUUGGUGUUGAUCUGUUCGAGCUGAGCGUCUCUUUUAGGCUACUGCUCAUUAACAUUUGUACAACUAAGUAUACUAUUAUUUUAAUCCUAUGACUGCCAUGGGCGUGUAGCGUAUAUAGUAAAUUGAAGGUGAAUAGAAAUAUGGAACGUAAAAGAAGAAGAUCCUCCCAUGUGACCCAACCAACAACCAAUGAGAAGAAAGCUGCUGAUAUGCAGGCAGGUGAUGAAGCAUCUAUCUCGUGUCUUCCGCUGGAAAUACUUGAACAUAUUUUUAGCUUCCUGCUUAGAAAUGAUCGUCUACAGGCCAUGUCUGUGUGCUCAACCUGGAAGUCUUUAAUCUUGAAAAGUUCACGUCUCUGGCGUAGCCAGACAUACGUUUUUAAUUGCACUCUGCCCAUCACCCCAAAGAAGAAAGCGGACCUGCUGUUUUGUGUACAACAUUUCGGGCCCCAUAUGCAGACACUGUCAAUUAAGUGCCGACAUCCAUGCUUGUACAUUUGCCAGAAAAUGGCCCAUCGAUUCAGUCUGUUUCUCAAUGGUUUAAAAGCACAAGCAAUAACCUCGUUUAAAGUUUCAAAUCUAGGAUUGGGAUUCACCAGAACGCCAGCGCUUAAAAAUGUAAGCAGUACAUUGGCUCAAAUGUUCGCCAGGCAACGUUUGAAGGUCUUUGAGAUGCCGAAAGCCUGCUGGCCAGCCGUCGAUGGUCACACAGUUCUGGACACAGUCUUUCAAACGUCGAGAAACACUCUAGAAACAUUAAACAUUAAUGAAUAUUUUUUCGAUCGUAGACUGGUACAUAUUGACCAGGAUUGGUUUUCAUCGUCAUUGACGUCAUUGACAAAGUUAACCAAGUUAUCUAUCAACCUUUCCUACUUGACCGAUGAACUUGUUAUCUCCCUUGCUCGGGCCAGAAGGGGAGAGCUCGCGUAUCUCUCUCUGUGGGUGAAAUUACAUUUUUCGUAUACAGCCCCCGUAAUACACGACAGCUGGAUAUACCUGACUAAAGCAUGUCCCGAUAUGGAAGUUGAAUUCAAGAUAGAGAGUUGGAGUUCCAAACCGUCUGAGUUAAUUCCUGCCAUUUUGGAUUCGACACUUCCUGUGCGCAGACUAAAAUUACAGAUUAGUCAUUCGUUUGGUCCUCUUCCAAGGCCUGCAUAUCAGAUGGAGAUCGUGUUGGAUCAUGUAACAAAAUAUUACGGGGAACGGCUAGAGAGUUUUAAGCUCAAGUUUAACAUCGAAGAAUUCAUUGAUCAGUCCUUGCUCAUGUUAGUCAGAGACUGUCCACGCCUAAUCAAAGUUAAGAUUACAGCGGCCUACCGCUCUAGUAGGACCGCCAGAACAGUCGACAAGAUAGUCACAGAAAGACGUCAGUCACAUCUCAAUAACAAGAGUCCACCUAACAAAAAGGUCUGCACAGACAAAAACUCUGUAGACAACACAUCUCGACUUGAGGACCCCAUGGAAGGACCGUCUGGCCUAAAGGGAGCGUCUCAAUAGUAGACCGAAGGCGUGAUCUCAUUUUAUCAUAUAGUUUGCAUGUGCAUGAUUGGAAAAAAUUUAUGACAAGUUGGCCAAUGUAACUUCGAAUGCUCAGAGUAAUUGGAUACAUAUAAAUAUAAAUAAUAAUUAACAUUUUUGAUAAAUUCAUUACAUACACUAUUGGUACUCUACCGACGGAGUUUAUAAUAAAAAAAGUAUCGACUUGAAUAGAGUUAAGUCUAUCUAUAUUAUGUAUAAUACUGUACAACUAAGAUUUUUUGUUUACAAAACUUAUCCCAAUUUAUUGCUUCUGUCUGAAUGGAAACCUUACAUGUUAUUUCUCCUGUUUCCGAUUCUGGGAUCAAGUUGAAACUUUGCAAAAUUAUUCAUUGUUGAUGACAAGACAUGAAUCAAUCAAAUAAUUAAUCAAUUAUUUAAUCAAGUAGUCGUAAUUAUGAUAUUGUUUUCACAUAGAAUAUGUAGUAAGCUAAGAGGAGAUAAGCCUUGCGUAGAGAAUCAGGAUGUUCACUAAAAACAACAUUCUAUUUUUAUAAGUAGUUGAAAAGCUCAGAGGCUAACAUGUAGCUUUUGAAAAGGCAGCACGGAAUCCUUCUUCCAUGUACUAUCUCCCCCCUCCUCAACUGGUGAUUAGGUCAUAGCACACAGAGCAUGCAUGAGCAUAAAAAGUGAGAGAUAUACAAAGUUUUAAAAUAAAUAUUUCCAAGUGCACACACGCAUUAUU